GGAUUCAGGCUUGGAAACAUCUGUUAGCCAAAUGUUACAUCCCAUAUAAAAUGGUGGAAGCAGCAAAGUCUGAGCCAGUGCAUCCAGACUGCAGAAAUGCACCCCAAAUGUGCUCACUUGCUUAUAGUCCUGAUCAUUGUGGUUCAUGGUCAGAAUCAUCCACCGCCUGAAGUGCAAUGGGUCAAUCUUUAUAGGCAAGGAUUUAACUUCCAGUGUUAUCCAGGGGAAGCUUUGGUCUCAAUACAAAGUUACUAUGACAAAUCAGAAGGCUCUGACAGAGUUUGGAGUUUCGAAUGCAUGCCAACACCUCAGGGUAUGGGAGAGGCGACAGAAUGCUGGUGGGAUGACACCCAACCAGCUGGACUUGAAUGGUAUCAUACUUGUCCAAACAAUGGUAUUGUAGCUGGAAUACAAAGCCGGUACUUUGAGGCUGUUCUGGAUCGAGAAUGGCAGUUCUACUGCUGCACAUAUAGCAGAAGAUGUCCAUAUGCCUGCUGGUUGACUACUGAUUAUCCUGAACAAUAUGAAGAAGAGGGACAUUUGGUGAUUCAGACUUAUGGGUAUUUCAUCAGAGGAGCAGGCACCACCUUUAGUGGUUUCCAUAGGGACCGUCAGUGGAAAUAUGUAAUCUGCAGGAUGACAGAUUUUGACUGUGAUUAUGAUAACCUGUAGGAAUCAUAUGUUGAAUGCUUAAAACCAACUCCAGAACAAAGAUUUAUUUAGCUGCGAUGUCUCUGUUAAAAAAAUCUUUUUGCGCUGUAAACUAUACAUAGUUUAUUUAAAAUAUAAAAGGUGCAGAAUGUAUGAGUAGAACCAUCGUAAAAUAAAAUAAUUUUUGAUAUGAACAAGGUUGGGAAUGUGAUCGUUGUUAGAACAUGACGAUCUUUAACUGGAAAAUACAUGGGAGAUUUUUUUCUUUGUGCGUACGAUUGAAGAAUGCAAUGGAUAUUGGAGAAUCCGGGAGGUUAGAAUACAUGUCUGAAAAGGACUUCAUGCAGUUCUCCUCGGUCAGGGUAAUUGUAAGAAAAUUGGGCAGGUUGUUGUACAAACACGCACUCUAAGCCACCCAAGUUUCUGAUAUUCAUUGUCGCAAGACAAUACAGUACAGUUAGGUGAACUCAGAAGGAUCUCACCUCUUACCAAGAUCUACUAUUUUAUUGGCUUGAGAGUCAAAGUUUGUUUCGCUUAAUAAGCCUUUGUGGUUAUUAUCUUCUAGCUGAAACCAAAAUUUAUCAUGUAAAUAAACUGUCUGCAUGAAAACAUACAAUUAAUGGUGUUGAACUGCAAACCAAGUGUAGUCUGUUCAAUAUGUUAUCAUACUAGAUUUUGUACAAUGUUUUGUACAUUUUAAAGAUUUCAUAUUUUCUGAGAAAAAGCUUAUGGAAACUUGAUCAUUCCUCCUUGGUAACACAAGGAUAAAUCAAAUCGAAUUCAAAUACACAUCUACAAUAGUUAACCUUGGCCUUGAAUACUCAGCCUUGCUAAGGAUGCAUGAAGACUGCAUAGCUUACAUUGUCCAAAAAUAAUCUCGCAGAAAACGGCUUUUGCUUAUAGCCAGGGCUUGGAGUAGAUCAUGACAGUCUACUUCUUUGCCGAAUCAAAAAUCUUCCCUUUCAAUUGAACAGUCCAACCAUUUGGUGCAGGAAGCCAGGUCCAAGUGCCACAAAUAAACCCCAGAUGAUGACACAAAAUCCAAAUCUCUUUACAAGUGACCUGUGAGAUCUGUAAUGAACACAAUAACACCUUUGCAUAGAAUUUCUCUCCAGUGAUUUUAAGGACAGUUAACCUGAAAAUUUGAACUAUUCGCUGUAACAAUAUAAUGGACAAAAUAAAUUUAUCGUAAUUUCAUUGCUGCAUGAUAUCAAAGUUAUUACAGGAAUGGAAAAUAUACAGCUUUUAAUGUGGAAAGAAUGAUAUUGUUAUUGUGCUUUGGCAUGGGUAUACUUUGGGACAGCCUUGCUACCCUUCAGUCUGCAGGUGAGGUUGAUGAGAAAUUCAACACCAAUAGAGUUCUAAUUCUGAUCUUUUAGAAUUCCUAACAUGAUGUUAAAAAUUAUGCCACAUGUCUUCCUCAAUUAUAUGAAGCCUCCAGCAAAAGCAAGUAUAUGUAGUAGUUAUUCAUCUAGUAUUUCCAUUUAAGUGAAUGUUUAAAUGAAUGAGAAGAUUACAACUUUGUUAAAACCUAUUUUUGGCUGUAGUUCAUAUAUACUCUAUUAGUUCCUGAA